AUGGAUGCCUUUCGUGCGCUGAGUUCCCGAGGGAUUACCUGGGCUGUGGACAGUCUGACCGCCCUUUAUGCGCUGAGUUCCCGAGGAAUCACCUGGAUACUAACCAGUCUGACCGCCCUUUAUGCGAGUUCCCGAGGAAUCACAUGGAUACUAACCAGUCUGACCGCUCUUUAUGCGAGUUUCCGAGGAAUCACCUGGUGGAACGAGCGGAAAACCGUCCACUGCCAAGUGGAGUGUUACGGUGAAGGGAAUGUCCACACAGAUAUUGUGAGAUUACUGAACAUUUCCGUUUGUGAAAAUCCGGGGAUACCACUUGUUCUCUUUAUCUACAAAGUGUCCCGUGAAACUGUUGAUCUCCGCAACGCUCUGCAGUGGAUUGAAGACAAUCGAGGAAGAAAGAAAGAAGACAUCUGUGCUGUGAUCCUCCUGGAGAAGUUUUCAGAUACAGACAAGAAGCCGGUGGAAGUUGCUCACCUGGGAAUGUUUAAUGAGAAAACUGCAGUUGUGAGAAUUCUCUGGGAACAUCGGCAGAUCCCUUUGUAUGAAUCACGUGAGAAGGUGCUGACUCGCCUGCCGCUGCAUUGGUACAAGUGAAAUACCAUGAAGCUCUGUCCUGGGAUCUGAGAUGGUCACCAUGUGCUUGGCCUGGGGAGAAUACACCUGGAACACUCCAAGGAAGGAUAUCCCUGGGCAGCAGUAAAAUAAAUCCAUUCCCGUGGUGAGGCAUUGAGGCGUUGAGGAAAGGGUGAGGAAGAUUGGCUGAUAUUUACUGGAACUCAGAACAGAGAGAUGUGAUCUCACUGCGACACUAAGGUGGGAUAGGGGGAGAGCUGUGAGGUGCUGAGUGGUCAAUCACCUGGCUUUGCAUUGUCAUUUUGCAGGAAGUGUCUAAGCAUGUAGAAAUAAUUGAGGUAUAAACACUCAAGGAUAAGCAAUU